UUUUAGGUUGGACUUUUAGGUUGGACUUUUAGGCUUUUACUCAAUUAGAAUUUUACUGGGUGACUUUCACUUUUACUUGAGUCCUUUUCUAUGAAUGCAUCUUUACUUUUACUGAAGUAUGACAAUUGGGUACUUUUUCCACCACUGAUUGAGGUAGAUAUGUACAUAUACUGUAUGUAGGGAUAAAGUGACUGGGCAAGAGGAUAGAUAAUAAACAGCAGCAGCAGUGUAAGUGAUGAGUCAAAAAAGGUUAGUGCAAAAAGGGUCAAUGCAGGUAGCUAUAUAGUUUACUAUUUAUAGUAACUAACUAUUUAGCAGUCUUACAGCUUGGGGGUAGAAGCUGUUCAGGGUUGUUUUGGUUCCAGAUUUGGUGCUUCGGAACCACUUGCCGUGCAGUUGCGGAGAGAACAGUCUAUAACUGGGGUGUCUAGUCUUUGAAAAAAAAAGAUUGUCUAAAAGACUCAUACAUACCAUAAAUGGAACUUCUACAAGAACCUCUAUCCAACCACAAACCUCUUCCUGCAAUACACACACAACCAGGAAAUGUACCCACUCAGAAGCACAACAAUUCUAGAGAAACUACAGUGAUUCUCAGUCUGCACCACAGUGUGUGCAGCUAAAUGGCAACAGCCAUGGAAUCAAUCAUUUGUUCAAUAUGUCUGGAUCUACUGAAGGAUCCAGUCACUAUUCCCUGUGGGCACAGUUACUGUAUGGGCUGUAUUAAGGACGGCUGGGAUCAAGAUGAUCAGAAGGGUGUCUACAGCUGCCCUCAGUGCAGACAGACCUUUAUCCCGAGGCCUGUUCUGAACAAAAGCACCCUGCUAGCAGAAUUGGUGGAGAAUCUGAAGGAGACAGGACUCCAAGCUGCUCCUCCUGCUCACUAUUAUGCUGGACCUGGAGAUGUGGCGUGUGAUGUCUGCACUGAGAGAAAACUCAAAUCUGUCAAGUCCUGUCUGGUGUGUCUGGUCUCUUACUGUGAGACUCACCUCCAGCCUCACUAUGAAUCUCCUGCCUUUAAGAAGCACACGCUGGUCAAAGCCUCCACACAACUAGAGGAGAAGAUCUGCUCUCGUCAUGACAAACUACUGGACAUGUACUGCCGUACUGAUCAGCAGUUUAUCUGUCUGCUGUGUGUGGUGGGUGAACAUAAAGGUCAUGAUACAGUCUCAGCUGAAUCAGAAAGGACUGAGAGACAGAGCCAGCUGGGGGAGAAACAACAGAAAUCCAAACAGAGAAUCCAGAAGAGAGAGAAAGAGAUACAGGAGGUGAGACAGGCUGUGAAGUCACUCAAGAACUCAGCACAAGCAGCAGUGGAAGACAGUGAGAAGAUCUUUACUGAGCUGAUCCACUCCAUUGAGAGAAGGUGGUCUGAGGUGAAGGAGCAGAUCAGAGCCCAGGAGGAGGCUGAAGUGAGUCGAGCUGAAAGACUCCUGAAGCAACUGGAGCAGGAGAUGUCUGAGCUCAGGAGGAGAGAAGCUGAGCUGGAGCAGCUCUCACACACAGAUGACAACCUCAAAUUCCUCCAGAGUUUCCAGUCUCUCUGUGUCUCUCCUGGAACUGAGGCCUUACCCUGCAUCACUGUCAACCAUCAUGUCUCCUUUGAGGAUGUUAAGAAAGCAGUUUCUGGACUGAAAAGUCAGGUUGAAAACAUCUGCUCUCUGGAAAUUGUCAACAUUUCUGUAAAAGUGACAAAAGUCCACAUUGUUCCACUUUCUGAGCCCCAUUACCCUCUGUCGUUUGGGAGGACUCAGUCUGGACUGUCAGUUGGAGGACUAGCAUCACGUAGGAAUGAAAGCACCUGUCCGGAGACAAGGCCUGAACCCAAGACCAGAGAGGAGUUCUUGGAAUAUUCCUGCCAGCUCACAUUGGAUCCCAACACAGCACAUAAAUACCUGUGUCUUUCUGAGGGGAACACAAAGGUGACAUGGAGUAAUACGGUCCAGUCCUAUCCUGACCAUCCAGACAGAUUUACCAACUGCCACCAGGUGUUGUGUAGAGAGGGUCUGUCCGGAGUCUGCUACUGGGAGGUAGACUGGAGUGGGAAAUGGGUUAAUAUAGCUGUCGCAUAUAAAGGCAUCCGCAGGAGGGGACCUGAGGAGUGGUUUAGAAACAGUAAUCAGGCCUACUGUUUGGAGUUUGCUGACACUAGCUGUUCCUUCUAUUACAAUAGUAAACGGACUGUCAUAACUGUUCCCUUCUCCAGCAGAGUAGGAGUGUACCUGGACCACAGGGCAGGAACUCUGUCUUUCUACAGUGUCUCUGACACAAUGACCCUCCUCCACAGAGUCCAGAACACAUUCACUCAGCCCCUCUAUCCUGUUUUUUUUGUCUUUCAUGGAUCUGUGAAGAUACUGACGCCGACACAGUGAUUCACUUUGAUAAGAAUACAGACAGGCUAUACAUGACAUGUUCAAGUAAGAUUUUAAAAUCACUGAUCCAUAUUAAACAUCCCAGUCCUUCUAAAAUGUGGACCACAGACUCUGAGACAAGUCAUGCAAGACAUACUAGUAGGGUUGACAUUUUGAUUCUAAUUUUGUCACUAAACAUAUACUACCGUUCAAAAGUUUGGGGUCACUUAGAAAUGUCCUUGUUUUUUAAAGAAAAGCAAU